AUUUCUCACUCUCAAACCACCAUUCUCUUCUCUCUCUCUCUCUCACACACACACACACACUUUUCUCGAGCAUAGAGAUUCGAUUUUCAUCAAUGGCGGCUCUACAACAAACUCCGAUAACUUUCCAAUCCCGUUCACCGCCGCCGACUCAACUCAUCACUGGACCAGUCGCAAAGCUCUCCUUCUCCGGCGGCCUCAAGCUCCCAAAACUCACUAUCAAACUCCGCUCCAAACGUAUCUCCCGCCGCGGCCGUGGUGGCGGUGCUCUCGGAGCAAAAAUGGCAGAUUCCGCCGCCGGUAGCUACGCCAACGCACUUGCUGACGUAGCUAAGUCCAACGAAACCCUAGAACAAACCACAGCCGAUCUCGAAAAACUCGAGAAAAUCUUCGACGAUGAUGCGGUUUACCAAUUCUUCGUAAGUCCUAUCGUCAGAGAAGAGAAGAAACGUGAACUCGUAGACGAGAUCGUUUCAUCCACAAGUAUUCAACCACACGUAGCGAACUUCCUCAACAUCCUUGUGGACAUGAAGAGAAUUGAAUUAAUCAAAGACAUUGUUAAGGAAUUCGAAAAAGUGUACAAUACAUUGACUGAUACUGAACUUGCUGUGGUGACUUCAGUGGUGAAACUUGAAUCGGAACACUUAGCACAGAUCGCGAAAGGAGUUCAACGAUUAACCGGAGCGAAAAAUGUGAGGAUCAAAACAGUGAUUGAUGAAUCUCUUGUUGCUGGAUUUACAAUAAGGUAUGGAAAUUCAGGAUCAAAAUUGAUUGAUAUGAGUGUGAAGAAACAACUUGAAGAUAUUGCUGCUCAGAUUGAAAUUGGGGAUAUUCAAUUAGCUGUAUAAUUAAAAAAUAAUUAAUUGUUAUGUUUCUAAAUUUUAAUUAUUUUUUUCAGUGAUUAAUUUUGUAAUAUAUAAUUUUGCUCAAAAGGCAAAUUAAAACAUACUGUUCUAAAUUUUUGGAUGAAUAUAAAUUAGUUGUUGUAUGCAAAUUUA